AUGCUGCAUAACGAACUACCACCUAACUUACAUCUACUUGGUAAUUCUGCGUAUGCAUUAUCAACGUAUGUUCUAACGCCAUAUAGAGAUAACGGGCAUUUAAAUGCAGUAGAAAAACAGUUUAAUAAAUGCCAUUCGUCCACACGUGUUGACAUCGAAAGGGCGUUCGGGCUAUUAAAGUGUAAAUUUCGACGUUUAAAAUACCUCGAUAUGUAUUUGCUGACAGAAAUUCCCACUGUCAUUGUAGCUGCAUGUGUAUUGCAUAACAUUAGAUUAAUUUAUGAAGAUAUUGAUGAGGAUUUAGAUGGACUUGUAUAUGAUAAUAAUGAUGGCGACAAUAACGAUUACUACUUGGAAAAUAACAAUCAGGAAGCAGCAAGGGCAAAGCGACAGGAAAUUGCGAAUUUGUUGUUAUAG